CAUUAUUAUUUCUAUCGCUACAAAGCAGCAAAAAUAAAAAUUAAAGGAAACAACAAUAUAAUCUGAAAAACCGACUACAGAACCCUCAGCUCGUCGAUCUGUCAGUUCCUGAAAGCCACAAUCAACCGGGACAGGACACUUAACUGCAGCAGAUGUGAACGCUUGCGCUUCCAAAGCGCCAACCACAAAACGCACAACAGCAACUCGUUCAACUACUCCCAAAACAGACCCACCCACAAAACAGCCCAAGGAUGAAUGCACUGCGUCAGUUCUACAUGGAUAUACCCAUAGUCACCCGGGCCUAUACCACAGUCUGCGUGCUCACAACGCUUGCGGUGCACUUGGAUCUGGUGUCGCCGCUGCAGCUGUACUUUAAUCCCACAUUGAUAGUGCGAAAAUUUCAAAUUUGGCGUCUGGCCACCACAUUCCUAUACUUCGGCACCAUUGGCAUUAGUUUCUUUUUUAAUAUGGUAUUCACAUAUCGCUACUGCCGCAUGCUGGAGGAUGGCUCAUUCCGCGGUCGCAGCUCCGAUUUUGUGAUGAUGUUCGUAUUUGGCGGCGUGCUAAUGACCUUCUUUGGCAUCUUUGUCAACCUGUUGUUCCUCGGCCAGGCAUUUACGUUAAUGCUGGUCUAUGUGUGGUCCAGGCGAAAUCCUAUGGUGCCCAUGAACUUUUUCGGCGUGCUAAACUUUCAGGCGCCAUAUCUGCCGUGGGUGCUGCUAUGCUGUUCUAUGAUUUUGGGCAACACCGUUUGGGUGGACAUCAUUGGCAUGGGCGUUGGCCACAUCUACUAUGUGUUGGAAGAUGUUUAUCCGCAGCUGUCCAACGGCUUCCGACUGAUCAAGACGCCAUAUUUUCUUAAGAGGAUUUUCAACGAGCACAUCGAACGCAAUUUUCAAGCACCCGCAGAGGAUCGUCCCGGAGGCUUUAUGUGGGGUGGCGAGGGACAGCCGCUAGAACCAGAGCCAGAGCACAAUCAAGCCCAGGAUGCAGGGGAGCAACCGCCAGCGGCAGCUCAAUAACAAACACAAUUAUGUGUACCAAGUUGUUGAUACAUUUUUUAUUAUGCGCCCUAACAAAGACACGGAAUUUGAAAGAGACGACGAAAAUGUUAAGUUAAGACUCCUCCGCCACCUUUCACUUGGUGCUUGGUAAGAUAAGGUACAUAUUGAACAAAAUAUAGCGAGAAAAAGGGGAGAGCUCAGCCAUUCAACGGAGCGAUGUGGCGUGCAAUAGUUAGCCAAAGUUAAUUCAA